AACAGUCUUGCACCUGAACUUUCUUUCACAAUGUCUACAUACUAUUACCAAGGUUCUUCUUCUUCUUAUGGUGGUGGUGGUGGCGGCGGCUCUGGCCGUGUUGCUUCUGUCCGCCUUGGACCAUCCAGUGUCCAUGGGGGAACUGGUGGCCGUAUAUCUGCCUCUUCAGCUAGGUUUGUAUCCUCUGGGUCAGGAUAUGGAGGCGGUUAUGGAUUUGGAGGUGGCUUAGGAGGUGGCUGUGGUGUCGGAUAUGUUUCUGGUGGUGGCAUUGGCUAUGGAAGUGGCUUUGGUGGUGGAGUUGGAGGAGGCUACGGUGGUGGAGUUGGAGGAGGCUACGGUAGUGGUUAUGACUUUGUGGUUGGUGGUGGUGGUGGUGGUGAUGGAGGCCUUCUUACUGGAAAUGAGAAGAUCACCAUGCAAAAUCUCAAUGACCGCUUGGCCAAUUACUUGGAUAAGGUGCGAGCUCUAGAGGAGGCAAACACCGAGUUAGAGAUCAAGAUCCGAGACUGGCAUCAAAAGCAGGCACCCACCAGCCCAGCCAAGGACUAUAGCCAUUAUUACAAGAUAAUUGCGGACCUCCGUGACAAGAUUCAUGAUGCUACAAUUGACAACUCUAGGAAUGUUUUGGAGAUUGACAAUGCUAGACUGGCUGCUGAUGACUUCAGACUGAAGUAUGAGAAUGAGCUGCAUCUCCGCCAGGGUGUUGAGAGUGACAUCAAUGGUCUCCGCAGAGUCCUGGAUGAGCUAACUCUGUUUAAAUCUGACAUGGAAAUGCAGAUCGAAGAGAAGAAGGAAGAUCUGGCCUACCUCAAAAAGAACCAUGAGGAGUUAAUGAAAGAAUACAGCACUCAACUGACUGGAAAGGUCAGCGUUGAGAUGGACGCUGCACCUGGAGUUGACCUCACCAAAAUUUUGGCUGACAUGCGAGAACAGUAUGAACAACUGGCUGAGAAGAACCGCAGAGAUGCUGAAGCCUGGUUCUUUACCAAGACCGAAGAACUGAAUCGUGAAGUUGCCACCCACAGUGAACAACUACAGACAAGCAAGACUGAGAUUUCAGAACUAAGACGUACGAUACAGAGCUUGGAAAUUGAGCUGCAAUCACAGCUGAGCAUGAAAGCUGGAUUGGAAACCAGUUUAGCAGAGACAGAAGGACGGUACUGUGCUCAGCUGGCGCAAAUCCAGAACCUGAUCACAGGCGUGGAAGAACAGCUGGCUGAAUUGAGGAAUGACAUGGAGCGCCAGAAUCAUGAAUACAAGAUGCUCAUGGAUAUCAAAACACGUCUGGAACAGGAGAUUGCCACCUACCGCAACCUGUUGGAGGGCCAGGACUCAAAAUUACCAGUAUGGUCUCCAAAAGAUGCAUCCUACGGAGGAGGUAGCACCACCAUCACCUACACUAGUGGUGGUGGUGGUGGCGGCGGUGGCAGUGGCAGCAGCUACAGCAGUGGUGGCACUACCAUCACUACCGGCAAAGUGCGUUCUGGAAACUUCUGAAUCUCCUGAAAAGUGCACACGCCUAUAGGAUGGGCUUCCUUCCUUAAAGAGAAAGGAGGAGCAGUUUCAGCACAGCCACAAAAUCCUUCCUUUUGCACAAGUAUGCCUCGGCUUGGCUACUUUCUUCACAGCGUUCCCUUUCAAGCUUUGCCUGACUCAUCCCAGCAAGUGCUUGUUCUGUAUUGCUCAUGAUAAUAAAAAUCCUCU